AUGCACGCCGACAACGACGCCGACACCGUCGUCUCCUCAUCCACAGAAGACAUCAAAUCAAAACAUUUCUCCCACAUCUCUGCCGACUCUGUAGCCACAACCGACUUUGGCGACGACGAUGACGACAACCAUCACCGCGACCUCCAUCGUCGCAGCCACUCUGGAUCAGACUCGCUCUGCUCUGUCGUCACCGAGACCACUGAACCCAACGUACAUACCGACAAGGUCUCCUCUCCUAUCACCAAUGCAACCUCAACACUGUCACAAACCCCACCAGAGAGCCUCACAAUAACAACAACGACACCGCCAGCGAGCACAAGCAUGUUGCCUAUCCAGAGAGGAGAGCAGCUCGACCCUUGGGGAUCCAAUCCUUACGACCAAGAGGACCUCGCCACAACACUGCGCUUCCAAAGGAGCAAGGAUGAUGUCGACGUUAACGAGUUUGAUGCCGCUGAAGCUGCCGAGAUGCACGAUACCGUCACAGGCUUGGCAUCAUCGUCCACCUCACCCACCGCAGCCAGGGCUGUGACCUCCUCUACUUCUUCCCUCUCCUUCUUGGGCGGAAACGCCGGUACCGAUGCACUCGCCAGGCUCGACCGCGAAUUCGAAAUGUUGACCCAAGGUCAAGCGAUCCAGAUUACCACUACUGCUGCCAGCUCGCCCCUUGCGCUAGACUUCGAUAGAGAGCAGUUGGAUGAUCCACGCGGGAUCAUGGAGCGGUCCAUUACCGACAAGGACAAAAAGAUCAAAAUGUCUAAACUGUUCUCCAGAGCCUCCUCCAACGGAGACAUGAACAGAGUCGCCGAUAUGCUCGACAACUUUCGGGACUGGAUCGACCUCGAGGCCCAGGACGAGGACGGAACCACCCCGCUGAUCUACGCAGCAUGCUUUGGGCACACAGAGAUUGCAUUCAUGUUGCUCGAGGCUGGAGCGCUGGUCGAUGCCCGCGACAAGUUCGGCUGGACCGCCCUCGUCUGGGCAACCAACAACAAGCACGAAAAUAUUGUCCGACUCUUGCUCGAACAGGGCGCCUCUACCUCUGCCCAGACUGCCAAGGGUCACACCAUCGUUGACUUUUUGCGCCAUGACCCCAACGACAACACCAAGAUUGUGCAGAUCUUUCAGGAACCUGGCCGACGCGACAGUGUCUCAAGUAACGGAUCUCUCUUCAGGACCAACAACUCGUCCCUUGGCGACGACUUUUUCUACCAGAGCGGGAUCGAGGGAUUCGAGGAAAUUAUGGCCGAAAACGAGCGGCGGUACCGGAUGGCCAUGGACAGUGCCAAUGCAUUCGAUGUCGACAUGGCCGACCUCUCUUUAGCGGAUCAGCCCCAACUGGAUGAUGAAGGAGAGUUUGAGUGGGAUCGCUGUCUGCCGGAUCAGAUGUUUGUCUUCUCGAGCAAGGACAUCAAGCAUAUUAUCGAGACGACCAUCACGACUAUGGAGCCUACACGCUCAAGAUCUCACAAGCCCAUCCCUGCCUACGUUCUAUUCUUGGCUGCAAGAUUUGCCCACUAUUUCAGUUCACCGGAAUUGUUGGAAGAGCUGCUCGAGGCCACUAUUCUUGCCGUCAAGAACGUGACAAAGGCAAAGCCAGAGGACAUGACUCUGACAGCCUACUGGAUCUCCAACACCAGCGUGUUGCUCCACUUCCUUCGUAAGGAUGUCGGUAUCAACCAGGCCACCGACUUUCACCAGAUGAGGAUUGAGGCGCUCUUGCUGGACAUGGUUCAGAUGAUUGUUGUCGAUGCCGAGCGGAGGAUUGAAAAGAUUCUUGAAUCGGCGAUGCUCGAACACGACACGAUUGCAGGAAUGGACGAGGUCAAGUUCCAGUCUGACUGGGCUUUUCUUUGGAGGGGCAGUAUGAGCAAGGCGUCAUCCAAGAACAACACAGCCAAGCGGACCAGUUCUCCGUUGUCGCCCAACCUGACAUCGACAUCGACUUUUGCAGGAUCCGCAACCUCUGGCACAUCGACACCCAACACUCAACGACCAUUGGCAAGGACAUCGUCCUCUUCGAUGGUUCCUCUCGCCAACCGCCCUCCAUCGCCUCGUCAGCGCCGCAUCUCUCCCAGAACCAUCACGACCAUGUUGUCGUCGUUGUUGUUUGUGAUGCAGACCUACGACAUCCACCCCGACUUUAUUCACUAUGUGCUCGCCCAGUUGCUCUACUACGUCUCGACCGAGGUGUUCAACCGGAUGAUCUCCAACAAGAAGCUGCUCUCUCGCAGCAAGGCGCUCCAAACCCGACUCAACCUUUCGAUUCUUGAGGACUGGAUCCGCCUCAACAACUUGCCACCCACGCUGCACGAACAGUUUGCGCCCUUGGUCCAGCUGCUUCAGUUGCUGCAGGUUUUGUCUCUCCAGGAAGAUUUCCCUACCUGGAUCGAGACCCUCAGGAAGCUGGAGCUGUUGAACCCUACUCAGGUCAAGCGUGUUGUCAGCGCUUAUCGGUUUGAGGUGAACGAGCCUAGACUGGGCGAGGAGAUUACACAGUAUGUCCUCCAGGUCGCGGCAGAUACCGAGCGGAUGGUCCGCCGGCAGAUGAUGGACCGAAAACGUGAGCGUCCUUUGACGAUGAUGUCGAUGACCGAUGUGACCCCUGCACCCGCGACGGCGACUGCUCCAGCGACGGCACGGUCAUCGGUAGAGACGGUAGCGACCAUGACGACGACGGCGUCCGCACCUGCAGCGACCCAGCAGUCUCCAGCAGCCUUGUUGACCGAGGCGGAGAAGGCUAGGGCACGACAGCGUCAGCGCGAUCAGGAGGAGGAGGCCACGCUGUUGAACGAGACGCGCAACAGCAAGGCAUGGCUCGCCUUGUUGAUCCCUGAGAACUUGGCGGAGCGCGAGCAUGGGAUCGAGCGAGUCUUUGUCCCCAUUAUUCCCGAAGAGAUGAUGUCGCUGCUGGACACCUAUUCAUCAUCCUAA